GAAAUGCAACUUGCGGUCACGCUGCUUGCACGGCAAAAAAUUAACAAAGUUGCUGAAAUUCUCGCAAAACCAAUUGACAAAGUGCCGAAAAACUAUGAGUCGGACAUUAAAAGGAUAAAGCAAUAUUAAAAACUGAACGCAAGUUGCUUGCGUUGCUAUUUGUGCAGUUAAUUGCAAGUGUGAAAAAGUAGCGUAGUAAAAAACAUGGCGCCUACGCCGCUGCCGCUGGAACAAAUGCCCGGUGCAAACGCUGGCUAUUUGCCAGCUGGGCAGGAGGGAGGACCGCGCAUCAAUACCAUGUCGAUGUCCGUGCUAAUUGAUUUCAUUAUACAGCGCACAUAUCACGAGCUCAUGGUGCUGGCCGAAUUGUUGCCACGCAAAACGGACAUGGAACGCAAGGUUGAAAUCUAUGCUUAUGCGGCGCGUACACGGCAUUUAUUCACACGUCUCAAUGCGCUGGUCAAAUGGGGCAAUUCCGUCUCGAAGGUGGACAAGAGCUCACAGAUCAUGAGCUUCCUGGACAAACAGAAUAUGCUCUUCGUGGAGACGGCGGAUAUGUUGGCGCGCAUGUCCCGCGAGACGCUAGUGCGGGCUCGUUUGCCCAACUUUCACAUUCCGGCCGCUGUUGAGGUCUUGACCACUGGCACCUACAAUCGGCUGCCCACGUGCAUCAGGGAACGCAUUGUGCCGCCCGACGCAAUUACGCCGGCAGAGAAGAAGCAGACGCUGUUGCGCCUCAAUCAGGUAAUACAGCAUCGUCUGGUGACUGGCAAAUUGCUGCCACAAAUGCGUGAAUUUCGCAUACGCAAUGGACGCGUUACAUUCGAGAUUAAGCAUGAGUUUAGCGUCGCUCUCACCGUCAUGGGCGACAAUCCCGAUGUACCAUGGCGUCUGUUGGACAUUGAUGUGCUUGUUGAGGACAAAGAGACAGGCGAUGGCAAAUCGUUGGUGCAUCCGGUGCAGGUUAACUACAUACACCAACUGAUCCAGGCGCGUCUCGUCGAGAAUCCCAAUGCCUUGAGCGAGGUUUACAAUUGCCUGCACUAUUUCUGUCAGUCGCUGCAGCUGGAAGUGCUCUACACGCAAACGCUGCGCUUGAACUACGAACGCUUAGACGACAACAAUGUCAAUGUGGAGGAGUAUGUGCCGGGUGUUAAGCUGAGCGUAUCUUAUUGGCGUGAUCUCAAAUCUGAGCUGGGAUAUCGUCUCACUGUUCAAUCGGAUCCCAAUGAAGUAGGACGACCUUUGGCAGUGGUCCACAUGCCUUCGUUGGGCGCCAAAGAAUCCGCCGAGGUGGCUGAACGUGCCGUGCGCUCCGAGCACCUUUCGAUGGAACGCUUAAUUGUGCACACUGUUUAUAUACGAUCGGUGUCGCGACUAAGUGAUCUCAAGCUGGAGUUCCAGGCCUUCCUCAAAGACGUUGACUUUAAUCUGCAAGGCACUCCAGCGAUUUUGACGGUGCCUGUGCUAUCCCCUUGCUUGCGAGCCGAGCAGAUUCACAUCACCAUUGAUACGCACACGGGCAUGUUCCGCUGUCAUGUGCCCAAGCACUUGGAUUGCCCCAUUACAGAUGAUAUGCAAGACUGUCUGAAUGGCGAUCGCAGCAAGCUGCCUGCUUUGCUGUCGGAGCUGCGCUAUUGGAUCACACACAGACGUUGCGAGAAAACGCUGCAGCAUUUGCCUGCCACAGCAACGGAGACGCUACCUUUCCUCACUCUGCCCGAGCAGGACUUGUUGCAGGUUGGUCGUCACAAGAUCUACGUGAAGCUGCAUCGUCAUCCCAAUAUUAUAUUGGUGGUUCAAUUGAAGGAGAAGAGCGCAAUGCCUAAUGAAAUGGAGUACACUUUCCACUUGGGCUUUGUUGUAUUUCAAAAGGAUGAAACCGAUGUGGUGGAUGACUCGGCCAAGCAACUAGUUUCUAUUGUAACGCAGCCACCUUCGGAGAUUCCCAAAUUCUAUACAAAAUUAAUGCGCCUCAUUGAGUUUGACACUUUUGUGGCCACCCAUGGCCCCGGUACUGAAGUGGAUGCAGAUUUAUCACCACAUAAGCGCAAGUCGAAUGGCGACAUUUUGGCACCGCCAGCCAAGCAACAAAAGACCAUCUUUCCCGCCUACUUUAUACCCGAAUUGGCGCACGUUGUGGCCAUGUGCGAUGAGAAGAUACCCUUCUUGAAUCUGGCACAAACGCUAUCCAAGUUUCGCAUUCCGCAUAGCGGCCUGCAAGUGGAGGCAAAUGCCACAUCGCUUGUGCUCAAGAUUCUAGCAUUGCCCAAGCCAGGCGCCAAUCAACCAACGACUGCAACUGGCGAAGCUAAACCAGCGCCAGCACCAGCUGCAGCUGCUACCAACAACACUUCAACUGCACUGCCCAAGAUAGAGCCACAUGUCUGGGAUGACUUAAUGCGACGUGUGCUGUCGAUUUCGGUGCGUUCGCAAACCAACAAGAAUAGCCAAGUGCGCAUUUGGGUUGUGGAGUUUGUCUUCUACAGCACGCCGCUGCAGAGCACACAUCAGAAGGAACAAGGCAAUCGACGUACUGUGUAUUUAACGUAUGAGCAGGCGAAUCAUGACUUCUCCAAGACUGUCGAAGAUCUGCUUAACGAUUGGUCCAAGAUUGUCUAUCUCUACACGCUUGUGCACGACUUUUCCGAGCAGUUGCGCAACAAACGUCUCAGCUUGGGUGACAUGCUUGUGGUCAAGUCCUACAGCUAUGUGAAUCUGUUGCUUGGCUAUGGGCCUAAGAAGGAAGUAACCUGCAACAUUUACUGGUCCGUGCAAUCGCAUGGCUUCCGUCUCACCUUUGUCGGUGGCAUCUCCGCCGUAAAUGCGCACUCCAUGAUGCGAGAUCAGCUUGCACAGCAUCUGAAUCAACAGCACAGCUUGACGACCAUUGCACACAUACUGCACGAAACUUAUAAUCCAAUGAGCUCCAUUGCUAAGCUGCCUGUUCUGCCCCUACUUGGCAUUCCUCGUCCCCAGGUGCCUGUGCUGUCGUUCUGCAUGUUGCCACAGUCGCCUUGCCUCAUGCGUCUCACCUAUCAGGCGGUCUACUGUCUGGAGCUGCGCUUCCGUGCCAAUCGACUCGUCUCCAUACGCGAUGGCGUCAGUCGCUUUGAUCGCAAUGCCAUCGAGGAGAUUACACCUAUACAGGGAUUGAAGGCAUUCUUGUCCAAGUACGUGGAUGAGUCUGCUGUGUAUCGACGUGGACCUCAGGAUGAUGACAAUCCGCUGUCGCCCAUGGGCAUGGAGGAUAAUUUCGGCGGACCAAGCAGUGUAGCAGGAGUAGGUGCUGGGGGUUCGUCUCCAUUCUUGGGCGCCGGCAUGCGUGGUCCACAAUCGCCUAGGGACAGUGGACUGCGUUUUCCAGCCCCGCACACGCCGCCCUCCAGCUCCAAUCCGCACACACCGGCCAGUCCGCAUCCCAGUGCCGGUGGCGGUGGUGGCAGCGGUGCCCAGAGUCAUGCCAACUUUAAUUUGACAUCGCCGCCGGCACCGCAUAUGCCGCAUCAGUCGCCGGGCGGCUUGAUGCCCUCGUCACCGCUGAAUCCUCAGCCCAGUCCGCACAUGGUGCACAGUCCGGGACCCAAUACGCUGUACAUGCAAAGCCAUCAGGAUUCACCAUUCACUGCCAUGUCGCCGGCGAACAACAAUUGGCCCGGUUCGCCCAGCAUGCCACGCCCCUCGCCUCGUCCCGGCCAGAGUCCCGAGCACAAGAGCACUGGUGGCGCUGGUCAAGGCGUCGGUGGUGAUCGUGGCACGCGUGCCAGUCUGAAUCGUCCUUGGCCAGGAGCUGUACCUACGCUGCUCACGCACGAGGCACUCGAGACGUUGUGUCGCCCCAGUCCGCAUCCCAACAAGGAUAUCAAUGUGGCGGAUAUGAGUCCGUUGGAACGCUUCCUAGGAUGUGUCUACAUGCGCCGGCAACUGCAUCGCAACAUACAGAGCGAGGAGACCUUGACGGCGCUCAACUCAACGGAGCCAGGUGUGGUGCUUUUCAAGGUGGACGGAUUGCAGUGCCAGGUGACGUUGAAUCCCAUGCAUAUGCAGUCGCUGCACUUGAAGGUCACCCAGUUGCCACCGAUGCCCGACAAACCCACGUUCCAGCUAAGUCCCGACGAUCUGCUCGUCAUCGAGCAAUAUUUUGACACCCGCGUCGCUGCCCCGCCGUAUCGCCCCAACGCGUUGCACAGCAUUUGCCGCUUGCUAAACCAACCAGGACAUGUGCUCAAGGAUUUCGUGCAGAUCAUGCGGCUGGAGCUGAAACCGGAGCUGGGCGGCGAUCAACUGAAGUGGACGGUGCAGAUGUGCAUGCGAAUGCCACCCUCGGCGCUUCCGAUUGUGCCCAUUGGCAAUGCGUGCGUGGUGCUGGGACGCAUGAAGAUACUGUUCUUCCUGCACAUCACACGGAUACCGUACAACGGCAAGGACUGGAAGGAUAGCCCCUCCCUGGUGCUGCCCAUCGUGCACGACAUUGCCACCAAUCUGACGCAAGUGGCCGAGCGACGCGAACAGGUGCAAUCCCCGCUGAUGGCAGCAGCCAGUCAGUUGCUGCGUCGCUUCGCCGAUUAUGGAGUGCAGCAGUGCUCGCUAUUUCCAGCAAUCUCGGAUCUGCUGACCAAUCUGCCGCUUACCACAGAUCUGCCGCCACCGCCACCCAAUCAAUCCAUUGGUCCGCCAGUUGGUGUGGGCGUUGGCGUUGGAGUCGGAGUGGGAGCUGGUGUGGGAGUUGGUGUUGUGGGCUCGAGUCCGAAUCCGAUGAUGCCGAUGCAACAGCUGCCGCCACAGGUGGGAGGACAUGGCCCGCAGAUGGGUCCGAAUCCUGGGGGUCCGCAGUGAUGAAGGCGCAAGCGCCGCGCCUCAUCGCAGCAGCCAUGAGGCGACAACCUGGCGCAAUUGCGACCAAGCCCCAGAACACACACACAGUUCAACAGGAACAGCAACAGCAACCACAAAACAAUAACAACAAGAACAUUGAUCAUUAUCCGUUUUAUUUAUUAUACUUAAGUGUCAGACAAGUUUCCAAACAUUCACUUGCGAUGAUAACAAGUAAACUCAAAAGUCACAAGUCCAAAUUAAAAACAAGAACAAGUUUAGGAUUUGAGAAUCUAAAAUUCAGAAUCAGAAUCCGGAAUAUACAUUACAAUAAACAACUAUAUUGUACAGAAGUGCACUCGAAAGUAAAGAGACACACACACACACACAUACACAUAAUAAAGCACUAACUAACUGUAAACUGUAACUGUAA